AUGGGCUCAGCGAUAAAUCCCGAGGGGCCAACGACCUCUGGGUUCACCAGUGGCCGGUUUAUCCCCUUUAAAAGCAGAAGAAGUGUAGUCCACAGCACCAAUGGCAUGGUGGCAUGUACGCAACCCCUCGCCGCAGAAGCAGGCCAGAAGAUUCUCCGCAUGGGGGGGCAACGCAGCGCUGCCGCGCUCAACAUUACAGAGCCGUCGAGUACUGGCAUUGGAGGAGAUGCUUUCUGUUUAUUCUUCGAUGCCAAAACGAAGAAGGUGCAUGCCUUGAAUGGAUCGGGUCGCUCGGCCAAGAAUUCGACUCUUGCGCAGGUACAUGAGCAGUUGGGCUUGGAUUCUUCGGCCACAGGGAGAAUCCCGUUCGGAAGUGCCCUGAGUGUGACUGUUCCGGGUGCUGCUGCAGCGUGGGUGGACACGUACGAGAAGUUCGGCAGUGGAAAGUUGUCACUAGAAGAUGUCUUGAUGCCUGCUAUUGCGCUUGGAGAAGAAGGGUUUCCCGUUAGCGAGCUCAGCUCAAGUUUUCUGUCGCAACAGUGGCAAAAUGGGGAGCAAGAGCUUCGCAAUGCAUCCCCGAACUAUCGUGAGAUGUUGAAAGAAGACCCAUCUGCCCCGGAUGGGGUCCGAGCCCCGCGACCAGGAGAAAUCAUGCGGAAUCCGAACCUGGCGAAGACAUUCCGUGCGUUGGCGACGGAAGGGAAAAAGGGAUUCUAUACCGGCAGAAUUGCCGAGGCGAUUGUGGAUGUCCUCAAGCGUCAACAUGCGUUUCUGGAGCUUUCAGAUCUGGAAGACCAUCUGCAUACUGGAACAGAAGAGACAGAGGCAAUCUCACUCAAACUGGAUUUGAAGGAUGUUAAGGCCCAAGAUGUGAAUGCACUUACUGCGGUUGAGAGCUGCGUCGAAUUAUGGGAACAUCCGCCCAACGGCCAGGGUAUCGUCGCAUUGAUGGCGCUGGGGAUGUUCGAAGAACUUGCACGUCAGGGCAAAAUCCCCAAGUUCUCGCCAAAUGACCAUAAUUCCCUUCCUUAUCUUCAUGCGGUCAUCGAAGUGUUGAAAAUCGCUUUCGCGGACGGCAUGUGGUGGGUCACCGACCCUACCUUCAGCAAGGUCUCCCCAAGCGAAAUGGUCUCCAGACCGUACCUCGCAGCUCGGGCUGAACUCUUCGACAGUGCCUUGGCGAAAGACCAUACAUAUGGCACUCCGGGACCAAGCCCAGCACAUAAUCACAGUGACACGGUUUACUUCUGCGUGACCGAUCGCCAUGGAAAUGGGAUGAGCUUCAUCAACAGCAACUAUGAAGGAUUUGGGUCGGGAAUUAUCCCAGCAGGCUGUGGCUUUACUCUCCAGAACCGGGGUGCGAACUUCCAAGUCGGCCCUCCGCAUCAUCCAAACGUCUAUGAACCUGCAAAGCGACCCUAUCACACCAUCAUCCCCGGUCUGAUAACCAACGGGAAAAACGGCGACGAGCGUGAGUUGCACAGUGUGUUCGGGGUCAUGGGCGGAUUUAUGCAGCCCCAGGGUCAUCUUCAGGUGCUUUUAAAUAUGGAGCUUUUUGGCAUGAACCCCCAGGAAGCCCUUGAUGCACCUCGGAUCUGCAUCAGCGCAAAUAGCAGCGGCGAGAAAGCUAUGUUCGGGCCGACGAUCUCUAUCGAAGAUGGUAUUGAAGAAACCGUAGUCCAGGGCCUGAAAGCCUUGGGGCAUAAUGUCGAGUGUCUGUCCGAACAUGACCGGAAGAAAUUUGGCAGAGGCCAGAUUAUUCGACGCUAUGUGGACCCAGUGACCAAAACCCGAGUAUGGAGUGGCGGGACUGAUCUUCGCGGUGAUGGGUGUGCCAUGCCCGCGAAUUGA